CGGAAGCUGCCUUCUGGACGGCGCCUGAGAGGCCGCCGCGCGGACCCUCGGGCCUCCGCUGGCAGAUCUUAUAUUUUGGAUUCUGGCUGUUUUAAAAUGAGUGACACUUUGACAUUAGAUGUCAUUGGUCGAAGAGUUGAAGUUCACGGAGAACAUGCAACCGUGCGUUUUUCUGGCAUUCUUCCUCCUGUGGCAGGACUCUGGUUAGGAGUAGAGUGGGACAAUCCCAAGAGAGGCAAGCAUGAUGGCAGCCACGAAGGGACUGUGUAUUUUAAAUGCAGGCACCCAACAGGAGGAUCCUUCAUUCGUCCAAACAAGGUAAAUUUUGGAGUGGACUUUGUUACUGCUGUUAAGAACCGUUAUGUGCUAGAAGAAGGACCUGAGGAUGACGGAAGAGAACACAUCAUCAUAAUUGGAAGUAAACCAGUGGAAACUGUUGGUUUUGACUCUGUUUUAAAGCAGCAGAGUCAGCUGAGCAAGUUGCAAGAAAUUUCUCUGAGGAACUGUGCAGUAAGUUGUGCUGGCGAAAAAGGAAGAAUUGCUGAAGUAUGUCCUAAUAUUAGAGAAUUAGAUUUGUCACAAAACCUGCUGUCGUCCUGGGAUGAAGUGAUACACAUAUCCAGUCAGCUGAAAUUUCUGGAGGUUCUUAAUCUCAGUGAAAAUAAACCAGAGUUCCCCUUGGAUUCACUGUCUCCAGCUGAAACAUUUUCUAGACUGAAGGUUUUAGUUCUGAAUCAAACAGGAAUAACAUGGGCUGAGGUGCUCCAGUAUGCCCCUGGGUGGCCAGUCCUUGAGGAACUGUACCUGGCCUCCAAUGGUAUAUCCAUCUCAGAAAGGCCAACUGACGUUCUACAGACAGUCAAGUUACUAGACCUUUCCUCGAACCCAGCGGUUGAUGAGACCCAGCUGCUCCUGAUAGCACAUCUGCCCAGAUUAGAACAACUAAUCCUUUCUGACAAUGGAAUUUCUUCUGUACAUUUUCCAGAUGCUGGAAUUGGUUGCAAAACAUCAUUGUUCCCAUCCUUGCAGUACCUUGUAGUAAAUGACAAUCGGAUAUCACAGUGGUCAUUCAUCAACGAGCUGGAUAAGUUGCAGAGCCUGCACACUUUGUCCUGCAUAAGAAACCCCCUGACUGAAGGGAGCAGAGAGGCACAGACCACUCGCCAGUUCAUCAUUGCCAAGAUCGGUCAGCUGAAGACUCUGAACAAAUGCAAGAUUCUUCCAGAGGAAAGGCGUGGAGCUGAGCUUGAUUACCGGAAGGCUUUUGGAAAUGAGUGGAAAAAGGCUGGUGGACAUCAGGAUCCAGACAAAAACAGGCCCAGCGAAGAAUUUCUUGCCGCCCACCCAAGAUUCCAGCUCCUCUGCGACAAAUAUGGUGCACCUGAAGACGAGGAAUUCAAAGUACAACAACCAUUCAUGCUCAAAAAUCGGCUACUAACACUGAAGAUAAAAUGUCCAAGUCAACUUGAACAGAAAGUUCUGGAGAAACAGCUGCCAGACUCCAUGACGGUCCAAAAAGUGAAGGGAUUGCUUUCACGUCUUCUCAAAGUUCCCGUGUCAGAACUUCUGUUGUCCUAUGAAAGUCCCAAAAUGGCAGGCAGAGAAUUUGAACUAGAGGAUGACCUAAAGUCAUUACAGUUUUACUCUGUGGAAAAUGGAGACUGUCUAUUAGUACGGUGGUAACAACCAACUGAUAGUUUAUCAUGGGGAGGGCUCAACAAAAAUGAUUUGUUCAAAUACAAAAUAAAACAAAUUUUGUUGGGAAGAGGCCAUAUACAAUAGUAAUAAUAAUAAUAAAAGCUUUCACUACUGAUUUU